AUGAGGCCACCGGGGAAGAUCGCGAUCGGCGUGGCGGGGGGGGGGCGCGGAUCUGGGACGCGGGCGGAGAUUUCAUUUUCUUCCCCCUGGGGGCUGGGCGCCUUGCGCGAUCGACGUGGCGGCCGCGCGGCGCUCCGCGCGGUGGUGGACGGCAAGGGGCCGGAGGUGGGGGAUGAGGGGGAGCCGUGGUGGAAGGGGUUGACGCGGCUGGUGCCGCGCAAGCUGCCCGCGGUGUACCUGCUGGCCAAGGCCAAGGAGGGGGACGUGGUGACGGCGGUGUACGCGCUGGUGGCCGGCUCGGCGGUGUUGGCGAUCUUAUUCUCCCCGGAUCUGGAGAGCGGGCGCGUGACCGACGGCGUGUCGUUGCUGGGCGUAUUCUACGUCUUCUCGCAGUCGAUCGAGCGCCUGCUGGAGCCGCUCAAGGCUUACUUCAGGUUCGGCGAGGCCAAGAAGGAGGUGGAGGCGGCGGGGUCCGCGGCCAUGGAGGAGGCCAUCGGCGAGCUCAAGAAGGUCGUGCCCGCUAUAGAGGAGGGCAAGGUCAUGGAGGAGGUGGCCAAGGUGGGCCCGGAGAUCCUGGGCGCCAUCGCGGCGGGCAUCGCCGAAGAGGAGGACGGCGACGACGAGGAGGACCAGGAGGCCGAUGCACAGCAACCUGACCGCCAGCAGCCGAAUGCUGAACGGUUGGACGGCGAGCAGCCCAACACGGUGCUUGCGGCCGACGCCACGGUGCAGGUAAGGUCGCGGGGCUUGGACCGGGUCCGCCGGGCCGCGCACAAGCGGGCGGCGAUGAAGGAGAAAAAGAAGGCGGCCAAGGAGAACGUGCAGAACAAGGUGAAGGACCUUCAGGACGUCAAGGAGGACGUGGGGCGCAUCAAGAAGAACACGGCGGUCAUCUUCUGGGGCAUGGCGUCCGCGCUGGCCAUGAUGCUGAGCCUCACCGCGCACAUCGGCCUGUUGCAUGCCGUGGGCCUCAACCCGCCCCCCGCCCUGGACGUCAUCGUGACGGGCCUGGCGGUGGGGGCCGGUACGCAGCCCCUGAACAAGAUCAUAUCCGUGCUCAAGAAGUGA